AUGGGGCGUAUACGUGCGUCAUACAUGGCGAAAGAGAAACUGACUGCUGUAGCGUACACUGAAGAACAUGGCAACAGGGCUGCUGGUCGGCAAUUCAGCGUAAACGAAGCUUGCGUUCGUCACUGGCAAAGACAGAAGGAUGUCCUAAUGAAACAAAACAAGACGAGACGUGCCAAUCGUGGGCGUACUGCACAGUAUCCAGGAAUAGAAAGUGAACUGAUGAAGCUGGUCACCGACCGUCGUAGCAAAGGAAUCGCCGUAUCUUCCGUCGAAAUACACCUGGAGGCCAUGAAAGUCACCAAAUCAAGCAGCCAGCCAGAUUUCAAGGGCAAGGAAAGUAUGCAACAUGAUCAACUGUAUGAUAUUAAUAUAUCUGAACUUCAACUAUCAACGUAUUAA